GGUCAAACCCGAGACCACACGAGUGAGUUUACCCGGUAUUUCCGAGGAGCGGGGUGGGCAUUUCACUGACAUGCGAGUUCUGUAGGACGCGAUCGAGGUGAGCCGAUGUGUGGGGAUCCAGGAAUGAAAGGGUCCAGGCAUAGAAGUUGAGUGAUUCAUUCUUCAUGGCGGCUCGCAAAGGCUGGACCGAGUGGCCUCAGUAAUCAUCGGCGAGAGCGCGCAGAAUGAAUUCCGAAAGUAAAAGUGACGCAUUGAGACAUCGGCUUUUGCCGCGUGCCCCGCCCGAGCCAAAGGUUGCCGUCGCCAGGACCUUCCCCCGCGCCAGCACUCAAAUGGCCACUUGCGAUGGGGAAUGAGGCGGGUUGGCUUCAUUUGUAAUCCUUAGACGAUAUCCAUAGCGUAUAUAAGCAGAGAAUUCCCUCCGUUUCCCAUGGUGGAUUACUAUCCUCCCAACCCUCCACGAUAUACCCCCCCCCUCAUCGCAAGUAACACCACCUAUCAUGGCUUCGAAGACCUGGAACGUCGGAAUUGUGGGAUAUGGCUUUAGUGCCAAGACCUUCCACAUUCCCUUCAUUCAGGAAGUCCCCCAAUUCAAGAUCGCCGCUGUUGUGCAGCGCACCCCCAAGCCGGACGACGAUGCCGAGAAGGACCACCCCGGAAUCAAGUCCUACCGGACCACCGAGGAGAUGGUCAAGGAUGAGGGUCUCCAGGUAGUUGUCAUCACCACCGCGCCCGAUUCGCAUUAUGCCUUGGCCAAGCUGGCUCUGGAGAAUGGAAAGCACGUUGUCUGCGAGAAGCCCUUCACCCCCACUACUCAGGAAGCCGACGAGCUGGUUGCUCUGGCCAAGAAGCAGAACAAGCUCCUGGCCGUCUACCAAAAUCGUCGGUGGGAUGCCGAUUUCGUGACCCUGUCGAAGCUGGUGAAGAAUGGCUCUCUUGGCCGUGUCGUGGAGUUCGAGACUCACUUCGACCGUCAUCGCCCCCAGGAGCCCUCCCCCGAUGUUUCCAAGUGGAAGAACAAGGUCAUCCCGGGUGGUAGUGCCAUCUAUGACCUGGGCGCCCACCUCUUGGACCAGGCUGUGCACCUGCUUGGCAAGCCGGAGCGCGUGACUGGAUUCAUUGGCUCCCAGCGCGAGGUGAACACUUCCGGGUUCGAGGACUCUUUCACUGUUCUGCUCCACUACCCGAAGGGCGUGCUUGUCACGGCUAAGGCUGGUGUCGUCAGCCCGGAAGAGGAGCAACUGCGCUUCUGGGUCCGGGGAGAGAAGGGCAGCUUCAAGAAGUUCCAUCUCGACGUGCAGGAAGAGCAGCUCAAGGCUGGUGUGAAGCCAGGUGACAGCGGAUAUGGCCGAGAGCCUUCUGAGAGAUACGGUACUCUCACGACCAUUCAGGACGGCAAGCCCGUCAAGGAAGUCAUGCCCACAGUAGAGCCCCCGACCUGGACGGAAUACUACCGCAAGCUGGCGCGGGCUCUUGGUGGAGAGGGUGACCUCCCUGCCAGCGGCGCCGAGGCUCGUGAAGUGAUCCGGCUGAUCGAGUUGGCUCAGGAGAGUUCGAGACAGGGAAAGACCCUGGAUGUAUAAAUUUCGUGUAAAUAGUGUGCCUAUCAUGGGUCAUGAUUUAAUGAUGGAUAGAUUUGUUUUCGCAUUGUACGAGUGGUAGUGUGAAGUUUUUAGAUUGUUUCUCUUUGUAGGAAUAGAUACAGCAGACAUGCUCAAUGCCACUAACAUAUUAGUGUGCUCCACCUGCUGCAGGCGAGUGUUCGACUGUUGUACGUAGGCUCUAGUCUAGCUACUCCAAGGACAGACAUCCCUAUACAGUCUGGUCCCAACAGCGUCCCCAAAUCCCCCCUCAUUUCCCCUCACGACGGGCUUUACGAGUGAGAGGCGCGAGGGUUCGGGGGGCGCCAUGUUUUUGGGGAACCCCAGAUUGAUCGACGAUUGCUCAAGUCUGGGCGGGAAUGAGGUUAGUUACGCGGUCUGAAAUCCCG